UCCUUUCUCUACCCUCGCUUCCUCUCCGUCUCCCGCCCUCCCUCACCCCCCCCUCUCUCUCUCUCUACCUGCAGAAAUGGAGUCACCCUGCGACUCGACGAAGCGGAAGCGUCCAUCCUCGUCGUUGUUCUCUCCCCUCUUCAACCUCUUCACCCGCUCCGAAACUCCUCCCUAUCCUAGCCGGAAACUCCCUAGGCGAAACCACCUCCCCGACGUCAGCGACGACUCGUCUCACGUCUUCAUCAAAGAUCUCCGCAGCCGGCGCGUUUUCUCUCUCAGCCCAAAGCCGAAGUCGAGCGGGUCCAGUCCCGAUCGCGGAGAGCGAGAGUUCGAGAAGCCCGAUUCGCUGUGCGGGGACGAGGGCGAGGCCCCUAAGGAUGACGUGGACACUACUCUGUCUUCGAUUGUUAGGGAGUACUGCUCUGAGAAGGACGGUGGGAUGGAUUUGUACAAGGACGACGAUGAUGAUGAGAUGUCGGGGGAGGAAGGGCUCAAAAACGCAGAUUUUCAGGCCGAACGCGAUGAAGCGAGCAACGAGGAAAGCAAUCGGAUACCUCCUGAUUCGCCCCAGAAGGUUGUCGCUGCUACUGAGACGGCCAAGGGAUUGGACGAUUCCGGCGAUGAUUGCGUUCAGACCACUCCCCCUGAAGCAACAGAUGUAAUUCUGGGCCUGGAUGUGGAAGAAAAUGGAGGCAAUUGCGAUCUCCAGAGGGCAGAUCGGAUUUCGGUUGAGCCGCUGCAGGGGUCCUCCCUGGAUGAAGGUUCUGGAGGUGAAAUUAGUAAAAGAAACGACUCCGCUUCAAAGAGCGAACCGGGUCUUAAUCCGCAUUUUAGAUUAAGAAGAAGAAUAUACAAGAGGCCUGGUUCAAUCAGCUACAGGCGAUUGCUUCCUUACUUGACAGACAGGGCAAUGGAAGAUUCCUGCACUACUAGAGUUUCCGAAAGUCUAAAGCAUGAAAAGGGUAUGGAAGAAAGGCCACCACACUUGUCUAUCAGCUCUAGCUACAAAGAUAUUCCCAUGGAUGAAUCUAGUGAGCAUGGAUCUGACAAACCUGCAACCGAAGCUGUUCCCCUGGUUAUGCUGACUGCUGAUAUGCCUCAUGAUCCACCAAAGGAUAUAAACUAUGCUGACACCCCAGCUACGGUGAAUGAAGACUUGGGUGAUCGUGCUAUUGAUGGCCAGAUAGGUGGUGGAAAGCUUGAAUUGAUCAUGCAAGGCUCUACUCUCUGUGCCCAUAGUAAAGUCGGAACUUAUACUGAUGUUGGAAAAGAAAAAGGAGAGGCUGAGGUAACUGAGGGUAGGCUUUCUGGAAUGGCUGAUGAUUUAAACAGUGUAAAAUCAGUCUCAUCUUUAACCGAGGAGGAGAGUAUAGUUGAUCAAUGCUUCCAUGAACGAAAGCAUCCGAUGGAUGGAGGAAUGAAAAGAUUUCAGCUAAUUUCUCAGCCCAAUUCCAGCAGCAGAGAAAAUGGCCACUCAUUUUUUGCAGAAAAAACCAGAGGUAGUGAUUGUGGUGAGGCUGCAAAUCAGAUGAUUGAUACAAAUGAAGCAAGAUUGUUAUUUUCGUCAUCAGAUUCAGGGAUUUUUGGAGAACAAGGGGUAAAUGAAAUUGAAGGUAACAAAAUAAAAUUUGUUACGGCUAGGGCAAAUGGGGCGCCACAGAAUUCUCCUAGCAAUACCAGUAAGGUGGGCUACUCCUUUCCUGACAAUUCUACAAAGAGCAAAAUGGUGCUAAAUCCAUGCUCGAGAUUGAAGGUAUUCAAAAAUCCAAGUUCAUUCAGUUACAAGAGGAUGCUGCCCUAUCUAAAGGAAAUUGCAAAAGAUGACUCUUGUAACCCAGGAAAUGGUCAAUGCUUGAAACUUCUGACUAGGUCUAAAGAGGAGUCUUCUUCACCACCUGUGCUCUCUGACUCCGAAAACUCUCCAACUGAUAAGUGCAAUGGUGAUCGUGGUUCAGCUGAUCAUAAUAUAAGCUCUCCAGAAUCACUGGCCCAUGGUACUUGUUUGCAAAAGGAUGAAGAUAUUCUUGCCAAACAUCUCAUAAAAAGCACAGAUAGUGAGUAUGAAUCUUCUUAUGGUAUUGUGAAUGCAAGAGACGAAGGACAUCUGCAGCCAGCAUCACCAUAUUCUGUUGCUGUUCAUCAAUUGAAAGAGGAUUCCCACACUAUGUUAUGUCAGUCAUCUGAACAUGUUGGGGAGUUAUGUGCAAAUUCAACACCAGGACUUUCUUCUGAUGCAAAAGAAAUAGGAGCAGAGGGACCAACGCGAGAUCUUUCUCAAGUAAGGGCUUCAGAUUUGUUCGGGUUUCCUGAUGAAGUUUCAAGAAGGGGAAUUUUGAAAAGAAAUCCGCGAGGAUGCCGGGGGCUGUGUAACUGUUUGACCUGUGCUUCUUUCCGCCUCAAUGCAGAAAGGGCAUUUGAGUUCUCAAGGAACCAGAUGAAGGAUGCUGAAGAAACGACUUCUAGUUUGAUAAAUCAACUAUCUCAACUAAGGAGCAUAGUGGAAAAAAUCAACUGUGGUGUUAGCAAUCUUGCUUUGCUGCAGGAAUCUCAGGUAAGAGAAGCUUGUAGAAGAGCAUCGGAAGCUGAAGAACUAGCAAAACACCGCCUUUCUCAAAUGAAUGAUGAACUCAAUAUCCACUGUAGAGUUGCUCGCUUGCAUCGCCCAAGGGUAAAGUUCAGUGACAGCACAGAAAACGGCACUUUUCAUGAAGAACUGGAAAGCAAAGUGUCUUGAGUACCUAGGUCAAUGCUAGUACCGUCUGAAGAUGUUAGGAAUUUUAUCAAGAACCUAGGUCAGAGACAUGAUCGGGUCAACAUUAGUCGGGCACGCUUUAUUGAAACUGGAGACGAGGGAUGACAAUGUUUUUGACGUGGUUGGAUGAAAAUGGGCGGAGCAUUGAGGUGCACAUUAUGCAGUCUUAUUUGGCCAAAGCACAUGAUAUAUGGGUUCAGGGGAAUGAGUCUUAUAUUAAAAGCAUGUUUAGGUCUGGGACCUACUGGGAUACUGCUAUCAACUAGAAUUUAAAAAAUGAUGCAUAUCCUGUAAGUAGAGAUCCACUUCCAUGUAUAUUUCGUUGUCACGCCUUCACGACAAUAACUAAUAUGAUAUAGUUAUAAGAUUGUUGCUUUUGAGUUCACA